AUGGCCGAUCACCAACCAUAUGUUACUAUUCGUUCUCGGAGGCCAGUCGAAGGCCCAGGUUCGAGAAGCACCGGUUCUCUUAUGUCUGCUACCCGUGCGUUUCCUAACCGCGGAAGGUCGUCGGCCAGGUACAACAAUGUCCAAGUGUUGCUACUGCACUGGAACUCAGAUGAUCUUUUCGUGAUACCUGAACUAGAGGAUCUCGAAAAGUGUCUAAGCGAGGAUUAUGGCUUCCAAACUGACAUCUUUGCCAUCCCUUCAGAAAACUCUCAUCUUGAGUUGAUGAUGCGGAUUGGCCAACUUAUUAAAGAUCAUGAGUCUCAAGACACCCUGUUUGUUGUAUACUACGGUGGACACGCCAGAAUAGACGAAUCCAGACAAAGCACCUGGUGCGCAACGCGAGAAGCGAACUCUCCGUGGCUUCAAUGGUCUGCAAUCCAGACUCUCCUUGAACGCUCACUAUCGGAUGUUCUCAUUCUACUGGAUUGCUGUGCUGGGGCCGCAAGUGCCACGUUUCCCAGUGGUGCCAGCAUUACUGAGACCAUCUCAGCCUCGAGUUGGGAUGCUAUCGCCCCGGACCCUGGACGUUACUCUUUCACCAAUGCUCUUAUUGAGGUACUCCAAGAGUGGAGGGUUCGUGCCUUCUCUGCUGCAAUGCUCCAUGCUGAAGUCCUCGCUCGUCUGAAACAUCCUCGGCCCAUCACCAUCAACGGCAAAUACUUUGAAGCUCGAUCCACCCCUGUACACUUCAUGAUGACUUCUAAUCACAAAGCGCCCAGCAUUGAAAUGUCCCGCAUGUCUCGUGGUGACAACCUGCCCUCUCCCGAGUUGACACCAAUGCCUGAGAUGGCACAUGAAUCAGGUCGGGCAGCUGAUUCUGCACCUGUUUCGCGAAAUGACUACAUGUUUACCGAACCUAACGAGGAUACCCCUCAUGUCAUGAUUUCUUUGGCAUUAGAAGACGACCAAAGGCUUGACAUCAACGCAUGGGAACAAUGGCUGGGAGCAUUUCCUGCCAUGGCUAAAUAUGUUAAGGUACAAGGCGUUUUCAAGAGUCACUCGACAAUGCUUCUUGUUUCCAUGCCAGUUUCCAUCUGGGAUCUACUCCCAGAGGAUCAUGCGACAUCUUUCGUAGCCUUCAUCCGUUCCAACAACCUGAUGGCUCAGAAACCCCGAAACCAAUCAGUGCCAACCUUGGUUCCUGCAAACCGCUAUACUACCGAAAAUGAUAGUGCAUCUUUCGUUUCCGAUGUUUCUGGGACGACGUUUACGCCUACAGAGAUGACGGGACGGACUGGUCAACUGGGGGCUUUUCGGGAUCCUACGUAUGGCAGGCAAAUCGGCUCCGUAGCGAGGGCUCAUCCCUCACCUAGUCAGCAAGUCUCGCCCCUUCACAUGCCGACACAACCUCUGUCACCAUCCCAGAGCUUAUCGCAACGACCCGUGAGGCCUAUGCACUCAACAACAUCACUUACCAUGUUACAAAGACAACAAUCGGCAUUAUCUCUGGGAAGCGAUAGAAACCUAACACGGCAGAUGAUUAUGAACCAACAGCAAGCUCUACGACGCACAACCUUUGGAGUUGAUGUUCCGGAACCCAAAAAGUUUUCUCCUCAUGUUGAAAAGCGCCUUGAGGAGUAUUAUCAAACUGAGCCAUUGCCAAAUGAUGGUCAGAAGGCAUUCUUUGCAUCGAAUUUGGGCGUGGAACCUUGGCAUGUAGAGGUCUGGUUUCAUCAUCGAAGGGAGAAGGAUGCCUUUGCUCAACGUUUUGCAUCCCUCCAAGUUGAAGGUUCUCAAGUUCAACCCCAUGGAGGGCCACGUAUGAUCUUGCCAUCAAACCUUGGUGAACUUUUAGACAUAUCAUUACCGGGGCAGAGCAUCAUACUUGAUCUCCGAUCUUCAACGGAAUUCCAAAAAUCACACAUCAAGGGCGCGAUACACUUUCGUGCCCCUCAAUCAUUCUUACGUCCUGCAUCUUUGGAUAUGAUCGAGCGCGUCUUUGCCGACGCACAAAGCAGGAGAACGUUCUCACAAUGGCAGCAGGCCAGUUGUAUUGUCUUCUACUCACGUGGCCUUGACCACCCAUGGGAAUGCCCCUCGGCGGAGAUAUUAUUUGAGAAACUCUCGGCUUGUGGCUGGCGUGGUCGCUGCUUCAUCCUGAAAGGCCAUUACCGAGAAUUCAGUGGCUCUUUCAGUAAUCAUAUCCACCGCGCGCAGGAUGGAGGUUCUGAAAGAGCUCUGUCCAGUUUGUCGGUUGCCAGCAAGGGUAUAUCCGGCAACGAGGGGCGGUUUGCUGAGCUGGUCGCUCGACUGGAAAAAGAGGAACAUGCGCCAAAUCUCAGCUCUUCCCCUGGGUACGAUAACGAACGAAUCACAGCACUAGCAGAACAGGAGAAGGUACUCGAGACCGAGUUCCAGAACCACGUCCCUGCGCUGCUCAAAAAAGCACACAACGUCCACGGCGUUGGUAGAUCAGACAAUGAAAGCUUUGUGACUAAAGCUCAAAUGGUGGAGUAUCUGGAUCGCGGCUUGACAAAGAUUCGAGAUGCUCAUAUUCCACAAGCACCAGCCACUGUCUAUGCACCGGGACAUUCUAAGCUAGCAACUGAGGGUUAUCGCGAGCAACCAAACGUGAACAGGGAAUCAGACGAGUACGUUGAGGUCAGUCGAGGAGAUGAGACACUGCCAGAUGGAAGCCCGCAAACUACAAGCAAGGGCAAGGAUAUUCGGACAAUGUCGUCUCCCGAAGAAAUAUCCCGAAGGGGGCGUGGAGGAGGUAUUUUGAAUAAAUGCGACUCUCGAUAG